AUCUCUCCACCAGAGACGUUCUCUGGCUCGAAACGUAUGAACCAGAAAAAAGAUUCAGGGCAGUUCCGUGAGCAAUACAAAAAUUUUGGAGCUUUCGUGAAAACCAAUGCGAUCAUCUUCUAAGAACAAGACAAACCCUAAUUAUGAACUGCUCGUGCAGUAAUGGCUCUUCGUCUCUGCUCGUCUCAUCCAAUCCAUCGUUUCGCUUCCCCGGCUCUUCCUUCACUUCGAAUCUCACCUUCUCCACAUUGAAAGAUGGGUCGUUGAGGAAGCAGCGUUUGGUAGUGAAGAGCGCUGCGGGGUCCGAUGAAAACGGCUCCAUGGAUGUGUCUCCGCUCAAGCCGAACAAGCUCUUCAUGCAAGAGGCGAUUGGAGCUGAAUAUGGAGAAGGGUUUGAGACUUUCAGACAGGAUGGUCCUCUUAAAGUCGAUGUGGAUUUCUGGAACGAGAGAUUGCAAGAGGGUUUUCUUCAAAGAAUACGCUACGCAAUGAAACCGGAUGAAGCCUAUGGUCUUAUUUUCUCAUGGGACAAUGUCGUGGCGGAUACUCGGAAUUUAAAGUUGGAUGCGUGGAAGCAGCUUGCUGCUGAAGAAGGAAAAGAAAUCCUAGAAGAGGAUAACAUCCAAAGACUGAUGCUGCAUGCAGGCGCUGACCACGUGUUGCGCAAGGUGCUGUUUUGGGAGACAUCGAAAGAUGAAAUAGACAGAUUAAAACACAGGCUAUCACAGAUAUAUUACGAUAGUCUUGUAAAGCUCACAAAACCAGCAGAAGGACUCAAAGACUGGCUCGAUGCUGUAUCAACGGCCCGUAUUCCUUGUGCUGUGGUCUCAAAUCUUGAUCGCAAAAGCAUGAUUGAUGCCCUUGAAAGAAUGGGACUUCAAAAGUAUUUCCAGGCACUAGUAUCCGAGGAAGAUGGUAUGGAGUCAAUAGCUCAUAGAUUUCUUUCUGCAGCCGUGAAGUUGGACAGAAAGCCGUCAAAGUGUGUAGUGUUUGAGGAUGAUCCAAGGGGCAUAACUGCUGCUCACAACUGUACUAUGAUGGCUGUGGCAUUGAUUGGGUCUCACCCGGCGUAUGAUCUGGUUCAGGCUGAUCUCGCGGUUGGAAAUUUCAACGAGUUGUCGGUGAUCAAUCUCAGGAGAUUAUUUGCAAACAAGGGUUCUACUUUCAUGGAAAGGCAGAAGCAAACCAUAGAAAAAUCCCCGCCCAAACGAAAGCUCACCAUCGAUACCAUAUUCUAAAAGCAUUGGGUUCUCGGGAAGCCGGUUUGAGAAUCUGUUUGUAGGUAUCCUAUGAUCAAAGGCAUCGCCUUUUAAGGUUAUAUACUGUUUGUUGGAUGGGAAACGAAAACUGGCCAGAUUGGAAGUGUUGGGCUGUUGAGAGUUGCGGCUGAGGAUCUUCUCGGCAGCCAAACAGAGGCCCUUUGCCUGCAGAGAGCGAAGGGUAUCUUCCUGCAUUGUUCCGUUGGAGGAGUGUGCACUCUCCUUGGGUUUUUUUUUCUUGGAUUGUUUGGCAUCCGAGAAAACGACGGAAAGUGAGGGAAGAAACUGGACAGAGAGCCAUUCUUGAAUUUACUACCUACAGACAAGGUAUCAUGGUGGGCUUCUGAAGAGAAUCAGAUUCCGGAAAAGCCAUUCCUGCGAAGUGUAGAACAUAUAUCCAUUGUGUUACAACAACGUUGCCGUAUACUUGUAACUUCCUGUCUAAUUACGAGCAUUGCUUAAAAAAAGUAAAUAUACAUUGCAUGAAAAUUCAUCGUA